AUGAAAGGAAGCUCAGAGGAAAGCAUUGAAAGCGUCAGGCCCUCCAACCUGCAAGCUUUCGCCAACAUUUCCACCCUACAUGGCAUGAGUCACAUAUUCGCCUAUGGGCACAUGACAUUCCGGCGGUUUCUUUGGACUCUCUCGUUCCUGGGUUCACUGGGCUUACUGAUGCUGGUCUGCAUGGAUCGGGUGUCGUAUUAUCUGGAGUACCCUCACGUCACCAAGCUGGACGAAGUGGCGGCAACGAACCUCACCUUCCCAGCAGUCACCUUCUGUAACCUCAACGAGUUCCGCUUCUCCAAAAUCACCAGGAACGACCUCUAUCAUGUGGGGGAGCUGCUGGCCCUCCUCAAUAAUAACUACCAAAUAGCCAACCCACACUUGGCUGAGCCCGAGGUUCUGGCCGCCCUAAAGGAUAAGGCAAACUUCCUGAACUUCAAGCCCAAGCUGUUCAACAUGACUGACUUCUAUAACCGAACCGGUCAUGACAUCAACGACAUGCUGCUGCAGUGCACCUUUCGAGGAGAGGAUUGCUACCCGGUAAACUUCACCACAAGCGGCACUUACACCAAGUAG